AUGGCGAAGUUAUCGUCGUUCCUGUAUAUUGCCAUUUUGGCCAUGUCAUCUUUUGCUGUAGUGAACAGUGAGGACUACGAUUCGAAUGGAGCUGGAAAUUCAACAGACUCCGGUAACUCAACAGGCUCUGUUAACUCAACAGACUCUGGUAACACAACAGGUCCUAGUAACUCAACAGACUCUGGUAACUCAACAUCCUCUGGUAACACAACAGGUCCUGGUAAUUCAACAGACUCUGGCAACUCAACAGGCGCUGGUAACACAACAGACUCUGGUAACACAACAGCUCCUGGCGCUGGUAACACAACAGACUCUGGUAACACAACAGCUCCUGGUAACUCAACAGGCGCUGGUAACACAACAGAUCCUGGUAACUCAACAGACUCUGGUAACACAACAGGUCCUGGUAGCUCAACAGACUCUGGUAACUCAACAGGCACUGGUAACUCAACAGACUCUGGUAAUAUAACAGGUCCUGGUAACUCAACAGGUCCUGGUAAUUCCACAGACUCUGGUAACUCAACAGGCACUGGACCGAAAGAUGACUCGAAAGCAAAUAAAGGAUGUGAACAUCCUGUUAGUGGAAAAGAUUUGGUAUUAAAAAUACUUGAUAAAUUAUUUAAACUGGAGGAACAAAAAGGAUUAGUCGCGCGUAUAGGGGGUAAAGGGUAUAAAAAUGGAACAUAG